AAAAAUGCAGUUUUUUGACACCCUGUCUUCACAUAAUAGAAUCGAAGAAAUUUUUUUUUAUUUUUUCAUUAAACUAUAUAGGUCCUAAAGUGUAACUGUUUAGAAUUUGAGCUCUGUCAGUUCUUAGGUGCCGGAGAUAAAAAAAAAUCGGAGUCGACGGAGAACCCAAUCCUGGUGGUGAACCUAUGGUUUGGGAAGAACAGCUUCACUGUCUUCCUCUUUAUCUCCCCUAUAGCACAGAAGGGAUAGAAGUUCUACAGAAUUUUGAAAAGAAGGUAGCGGUUGGUGUCAAGAUGAAAAGCUCUAACACAAAGAGUAGUCAACCUCAGUCCUCAGCACAGCAGGAGAGUGUGAAGAUUUAUAGAUUUGACUGUCACGAAGUAUUUGAAAGCCCUGAGACUGGUGGUGUUGCUUUCUCCCUGCCUCAUGGCAGCCUGCUCUUAGAAGUAGCAAAGCACGAGGUGCACGCUACCACAGCUCUUCAGACUCCAAACAGAUUAAACCCUACCAGGAUUGGCUUAGUAUUCUAUCAACAUGCUAAUCUCCAUCUUCACAAGCACGGGAAUUAUGUUCAUGUUGAUAAGCAGAUGAAAAGCCAAUACAAGAAUUAUGCUGAUUGGUUGGCAGGGAAGUUCGUUCCAGUUAGUUCUCAGCUAGACACACUCACAGCUGCGGGGUUUGUUUUCCCGAAGAAUACUCGACUGAACAGUAGAAAAGGGAAGAAAGUAACUGAGCAGAACCGAUUCAAUCAUCAGGAGUUUCCCGGAUUUACUCCAGGAAGAAGGGUUAAUGGUGUUUUUACACCAAUUAAAAGCUCACUGUAAAUGGACUAUACUGCUGCUCAAUGGAUUACUGGAAUAGUUUUCAAGUUAUUUUCUCAAGCUAAAGAAGUUUCUCCUAAUAUCUAGAUUGCAUAGUUUUGAGCAGAGGUUGAGUUGAGUCUUCAUAUCAAUCCUCGUCAUAUAAAUAUACUCCUUGAACACUGGUAUUCUAUGUAAACCUACUCUGUGAACUUGAUAUACCUGAAUCUCGUAAAACAUAAAGACAAUAUUAAUUUUAUUGUUAAGUAAAUUUGGAGUAUGUUGAAUUUUAAUUUUUUUCCGCUAAUCGUGGUGGGGAUUGAUUCUAAAAUAUAUAUAGAGUAUAGACCCCUGUUACACUCUGUGAAAUUUAUAACAUUUAAUGCUAACUAGAAUUUGUGGGAAGUAUUUAGAUAUGCAAAAAGACCUGUGAUGUCCAUCUAGUUUAAAGAGUUCUAACUAUUUUUGUCAGAAAAUCAAGUUUUAAUCUGUGAUAAAUGUGCCAUAUUUUUGAAUUGUGAUUUAAUUUACCAAAGAAAAUUAAAACUGGAGUGCCUUUAAAUAAAAAGUUUUAAAGAGUUUAUAUAUAAUAUAUACAGAUUUUGAUAUCCAUGUUUUUCUCUUUGACACUUGAUUAUUUUCCAGCGUGGGAUCUUUUACAAUAACUUCAUGCCACAGAAACAAUGGGGGAAUUUUCAAAACUUGGCAUUUAUUAGUAGAAAAACGAAAAUAUAUUUAACAUGGAGGGUCCCCUGAAAAUUAUAUAUUUUAUUUUCAGAAGAAUGAUUUAGUUUAUUGAAGUGAUUAAUGGCUGUGAAGUGAAUACACUGGAAUAUCCAGAACAACAAGACAUUGUCAUCAGAUAAGAAAUUCAGUAGUUUGUGGAAUAAUUUCUCAAAAGAUCUAAAGACUAGUCUAAUCAAAAUACAUAAAAAAGAAUCAUAA